GGUUUAAUGCUAAUAAACCCUAAUGUUCGGUUAAGAGUUAACCGGUUUCAAAGGUUUUGUGUGUAUCGUUCUCCAUCAGAUAAGAAAGAAAGAUAGUUUACAGUCACAGAGAUACUUUUCUCUCUCAAUCUCUCUCUCUCCAUUUCCCGCUAAUCCCCAAUCCUUAAACCCUCCCCUUAUCUCUCCAUCUAGGGUUUCUCUGUUUUCUUGUUAUUAUUACACAGUGAUGAAACCUGCUGCUUCUUUGCAAGGUUACACUUCUUCCUCUAUCUACUUCGAUACUCGCAGACCAGUUCCUACUCCUCCCUCCAAAAUGGCAGCGUUCAGUGCUCUAUCUCUCUGUCCUUACACUUUCACCUUCCGACAAAGCCCUCGAAUUAAGCCUACCGUGUCGUGCUCCGUUACUUCUCCUCCUACAUCUGGUACUUCUUCUGCGUCCUCUAAGGCACCUCGGAGAAGAUCAGGUAGAUUAGAAGGAGCGGGGAAAAGUAUGGAGGACUCUGUGAAACGUAAAAUGGAACAGUUUUAUGAAGGAACAGAUGGACCUCCGCUGCGUGUUCUUCCCAUAGGUGGACUUGGUGAGAUUGGGAUGAACUGUAUGCUUGUUGGUAACUAUGAUCGUUACAUUUUAAUCGACGCCGGUAUUAUGUUCCCUGAUUAUGAUGACCCUGGAGUUCAGAAAAUUAUGCCGGACACAGGAUUUAUUAGACGAUGGAAACACAAAAUUGAAGCUGUUGUUAUAACGCAUGGUCAUGAAGAUCACAUUGGUGCCUUGCCUUGGGUUAUCCCGGCUUUGGACUCUAAUACACCAAUAUUCGCAUCAUCCUUUACUAUGGAGCUUAUAAAGAAGCGUUUGAAGGAGCAUGGGAUCUUCGUUCAGUCUAGACUCAAGACAUUUAGUACUCGAAGGAGAUUUAUGGCUGGACCAUUUGAAAUAGAACCCAUUACAGUUACUCACUCUAUUCCUGAUUGUAGUGGUUUAGUCCUCCGUUGCGCUGAUGGUAAUAUUCUUCACACUGGAGACUGGAAGAUUGAUGAAGCACCAUUGGAUGGAAAAGUAUUUGAUCGUGAAGCUUUAGAGGAACUCUCAAAGGAAGGAGUCACGUUGAUGAUGAGUGACUCAACAAAUGUAUUGUCACCGGGAAGGACAACUAGUGAAAAAGUGGUAGCAGAUGCUCUGGUGAGGAAUGUAAUGGCGGCCAAGGGAAGAGUUAUCACGACUCAGUUUGCCUCUAAUAUACACCGUUUGGGAAGUAUUAAGGCUGCUGCUGAUUUAACUGGUAGAAAGUUGGUCUUUGUUGGCAUGUCCUUGAGGACAUAUCUAGAAGCAGCUUGGAAGGAUGGAAAGGCUCCAAUUGAUCCGUCAAGUUUGGUGAAAGUAGAAGAUAUUGAAGCCUAUUCUCCUAAGGACUUGCUGAUUGUCACAACUGGAUCACAAGCAGAACCACGUGCUGCCUUGAAUCUUGCAUCAUAUGGAAGUAGUCACGCGUUCAAACUGACUAAGGAAGACAUAAUUCUUUACUCAGCCAAGGUAAUCCCAGGCAAUGAAUCACGAGUAAUGAAGAUGAUGAAUCGGUUAGCAGAUAUCGGACCAAAAAUUGUCAUGGGUAAAAAUGAAAUGCUGCACACAUCUGGUCAUGCUUACCGUGGAGAGUUGGAAGAGGUUCUUAAAAUAGUGAAACCACAACAUUUUCUACCUAUACAUGGAGAGCUUUUGUUUCUCAAGGAGCAUGAGUUGCUCGGGAAGUCUACUGGUAUUCGUCACACUACUGUUAUAAAGAAUGGAGAGAUGCUUGGAGUUUCUCACUUGAGAAACAGAAGAGUUUUGUCCAAUGGAUUUAGCUCUCUUGGGAGAGAGAAUUUGCAGCUAAUGUAUAGUGAUGGUGAUAAAGCAUUUGGCACAGCAAGUGAACUCUGUAUUGAUGAGAGACUAAGAAUUUCAUCAGAUGGCAUUAUAGUUCUAAGCAUGGAAAUCAUGCGCCCUGGCGUCUCGGAAAACGCAUUGAAAGGGAAGAUAAGAAUCACAACGCGAUGUAUGUGGCUUGACAAAGGAAGACUAUUAGAUGCACUUCACAAGGCAGCACAUGCUGCUCUAUCAAGCUGUCCUGUGAACUGUCCCUUGUCUCACAUGGAGAGAACUGUCUCCGAAGUCCUGAGGAAGAUUGUGAGAAAGUACAGUGGUAAAAGACCUGAAGUCAUUGCCAUAGCCAUGGAAAAUCCAAUGGCUGUCCGAGCAGAUGAGGUCAGUGCGAGGAUGUCCAGUGAUCCAAAUCUUGGCUCUGGAGUUGCAGCGUUAAGGAAAGCUUUAGAAGGAAAACGAACCAAGAAACCACCUUCUUCGCAAGAUGAUGUAACUGAUAGUGCAGGACUACUCGCUGAAGAAGAAGCCGCUACUUCAUCAACAUACACAGAAGGUGCUGAAGAUGUGCCUGUUCAGAGUUCUUCAGAAGAAUCAGAUGAUUUUUGGAAGUCAUUCAUCAAUCCAAACGUGAAUAAGUUAAGUGAUGCAGAGGCUAAAGCAGAGGAUAGUGAAAGCAGCAGAGAAAAGGAAGAGGAGGAGGAGGAGGAUGAUAUAUCUGAUUCUCAAACGAAGUCGUUGGCAACAAAACGUGUGAGGAGGAACAAGUGGAAACCUGAGGAGAUUAAGAAGGUGAUCAGAAUGCGUGGAGAGUUGCAUAGUAGGUUCCAAGUUGUGAAAGGUAGAAUGGCUUUGUGGGAAGAGAUCUCUUCAAAUCUAUCUGCUGAAGGAAUCAACAGAAGUCCUGGACAGUGCAAGUCUCUUUGGGCGUCUCUUAUUCAGAAAUACGAGGAGUGCAAGGCUGAUGAAAGGAGCAAGACGAGCUGGUCACACUAUGAAGACAUGAACAACAUUUUGUCUGAGUUAGACACACCUGCGCCUAAGUAAUAUGUGAUUGCAUUACAUUUAUUUGGCGCAAAGAAUCAUCUCCAGAUUAGAAUAUUCAACAAAGACAUUCAUUGUAUUAAACAUAAAGAUGAAUUUUUUUGUUUGUAGAAGCCAUUAAAACAUGAAUACCUGCCAAAGAAGAAGAAAGAGCCUUGAGUCAAAUCUCAAAUGUUUUAGACUCAUUUGUAUUGGUUUUGGUUUAUCUUGGUUUAGAAUCGAUUUUGGUUUAAAC